AUGUCGCCAGACUGUAUCUAUUCAUCGAGGAAGGAAGAGAGAGAGGGUUCAUUAGCAUUGAGGAGUUGUAAAGAGUGAGUGCAUAUUCUUGUGUGGCCACCCGAAAGAGAGCACAGAAAGGAUGCUGCAAAUGGCUUUAAAGGAGAAGGUGCUUGUUUAGGAAAAGAACCCCCAGGACUACCAGUAGAAAGAGGAGAAAGUCAGAAACCGGAAAAGCCCCGCAUGGAGAGUUUGCUAGGCAAACUUCAGGCGGCUGGAGAGGAGUUUUGGAGAUGGUUUAGAUUUUAUAAAAAAGGGAACAGGACUGAUCCUCGCCGCUUAAGAACAAGCUUUAGGAACAAAUUUUGUCAAGCACAGCAUAGAUAUGAUAAGACCUCUAAGACACGAAUAUGCAGUAUAGCAUAUUGUCAGUGCAUGAAGGAAGUUUGCCCAGAGAGAAAAUAGGAAUGGAGAAGUGAGGAUAACUUGGGAUAUGCGGACAAGCGGCCGAAGUAAACUCGACCAGAUAUUACUGUGGUGCACAAAGGCACACAGGAGUGGGCACUUAUUUACGUAGCUGUGCCAACGGACCAGAAUAUCUUUAUUACAGCAGAGAAGAAAGUGGAAAGGUAUCAAAACCUAGCACUCAAAUAUAAAACAAUCCAAAAAGUCUAGUGGCAGUAAUACCCAUCGUGAUUUGUGCACUUGGAACCAUCCCGAAGAAUGCAAAAGACUGGUGUGGGAGGUUAAGUCUGCCUUACAUUUUUGGAAGUGCAUGAGUUGUCAGCCAUCCUUGGUACCGUUCACAUCUUCUUCUCUAAUCUGCGGGAAGCUGCUGAGAAAUGGCUUUGAAAGACCCAGAAAAACACCUGAGAACUGGAGAGUCGUUGAUGAUGAUGCUGAUGCUGAUGCUGCUGGUGAUGAUCACAAUGUCGAUUCUGACGAUACCAAUGAUACUGACGAUACUGAUAAUCGUGCUGAUGAUUAUGAUGAUAAUGACGAUGAUGAUAAUGAUGAUGAAUAA